UUGGUGCCUCCACCAACCUCCAAUUCCCAUAAAAUAAAUAUGAUUGUUUUUGUUUAUUUUAUUUUCUGGGCAUGGAGAAAAUGUCCCAAUGUUUCCUAGAAUCUAGUUUCUUAUUAUUUAUAUGUUAUUUAUUUCUCGAGACCGACAUUGGAAAAAAAUAAUAAAAUGCCCAACACUGUGACAGCAAUAUGUUCAUAUUAAAUUUGUGGCAGAAAAAACCAUUGCAAAUUGCCAUAGUAAUAUCAAUCCUUAUAUCUGUGAUAUGUGUCUUGCUAGCUUUACUUCAACAAGUGCAACACUACUAUUUUAUUAUCAAUGUCCAUAAACCAUUCUCAAAUCCUAAUUUUAAUCCUGAAUUUGAAGAUCUUAUUCCAACAGAUGGAAGAUUUUUUGAACUAGGCUACCCCAUUGGGAGUCACAAUACUCACAAUGAAGAUUCUUUAGAAAAUUCAGUAUUAAAAGACCUAACAUCUGCGUUGAAUUUGGAUUCAGAAGAUAGUGGCAGUAUGAACGUUUUAGAUCGUAGUAAAAGACAUAUGGGUACAGACUCUGAAGUUUAUAACACCAUUCAAGCUGCUCUUGCAUUUAAGAUGGCAGGGAAAAAUAAUAAAGCAAUGAAACUCUUUGAACAUGCUAAUGCCAUGGCACCCGACAAUGCAGAUGUACUCAAUUGGUAUGGAGAAUUUUUAGAACAACAUCAUGAUAUUGUUACAGCUGAUGAAUUAUAUUGUAAGGCGCUAGCAUAUUCUCCUGAACAUCAAGCCGCCUUGUCAAAUAGAAAACGCACAGCUCCAGUAGUGGACAUGUUGGACUUGAAGUUAUUCCAUGAAAUAGACAAAUUGAAAACCAUGUUGAAGGAACGCAUGAAGUUGGACAAUUUUGACAGCGUUAAAAAACAAGCCUAUUAUCUGCAUAUUUACCACACAGUUGGCAUUGAAGGAAAUACAAUGACAGUAGAGCAGCUGCGAUAUGUGUUGGAAACAGGUCACGUAAUAAGUGGAAAAAGUCUGUUGGAACACAAUGAAGUACUGGGCCUUGAGAAGGCUAUGCAAUAUGUAAAAUUAUUGACUAGGACACAUUAUAUCAGCCUCCAAGAAAUUUUGGGCAUCCAUAGACGAGUCAUGGGACAUGUGGAUCCUUUGAGAUCAGGAGUAUUUAGAGAUGAAAAGGUAUUUGUUGGUAGCCACGUUCCUCCUCCACCUGGGGAAAUUGCGACACUGAUGGAAAGUUAUGUGGAAUGGUUAAAUUCUGAGGAAGCUCAUAGCAUGCACCCUGUAAGAUAUGCAGCCCUAUCUCAUUAUAAAUUAGUAGAUAUACAUCCAUUUGCUGAUGGCAAUGGACGCACAAGUAGGCUUAUUAUGAAUCUAAUUCUUCUUAAAUCCGGUUAUCCUCCCGUUAUGAUUUUAAAAGAACAGAGAGACAAAUACUACUAUACAUUGAAAGUUGCUAAUAUGGGAGAUGUGAAGCCAUUUGUUCGUUUUGUAGCACAAUGUACUUUACAGAUUCUGGACAUGUACCUGUACGGUACUAGAGCCUUGUCACUAGAUGGACCAGAGCAUGAAGUCGUGGAGUAUUAGGAUUUUUUUCACAAAACAUUUGGUCAAACUAAUGGACCAAAGACUUUUAAGGGCAUUUACAUUUGUACACAUUUUAUUGAAACUUUAUUGGUAUUUCUAAAAAUAUUAUUUCAUGUUAGGCUAUUGUUGAAUAUCUUUAUUUUGUUAAUUUUUAUUUUAUUUUUAUUGUGGCUUAGAAAAAUAAAGACAUUUCUGUUUUAAUUUUAGCUUUUAUUAAAGUACAAAUUUUUUGAUUCUUCAUUAACAUAUCACAACCAUAUCUUUGAAAUUCUUUAUGGCAGGGCCAUCAGAGUAUUGUGUCAAUUUUAAAAUUUGCCUUUCAGGGCCAAACAUAACAUAGGUAAAAACAAUUUUGUUGGUUAGUACCAAGGCUAAAGUUUUGACGGUUCUAUUCACUACCUAUUCUGGAAAAAUAAAAUACAGAUAGUGAUCAAACAAAACAAUUUGGAUAGGUGAACUAAAAAAUAAAUAUUUGAACGAAAAAAUAAAAAAAUCUACAAAAUAAAUGAAGCUUCAUGUAGGUUUGGAUUUAUUCGUUGUCCUUUUCUUUUUGGCUCUGGUAAAUGCUUCGAUAAUUGCAUCCCUAAAAAAAUAAAGAAAUAAUCCUCGAGUCCCGUAAUAUUAAUGGUAAAUUUGUAAAUUCAUAUCAAAAACGCAAGUGCCUCUUAGGUUAAAAUAAUUUAAAAAAAAUGUAAUCGGGCAGGUACCUACUAAUUAAAAAAGUAGUCUAAGCAUCAUUGGUGAUGAGGAAAUCAUUUCUGGUAUCAUGCAAACCGCUCUAAAUAUGGUUACGAACUGGUGUGAGGUGGAACAGUUGUCUGUAAACCUCCGCAAAGCAGUAGUAAUAAUUCAUUUCACUGAAAGGGAAAAGCUAGACAGCUUCUUCAACCAAUUAUGUAUGGCGAGUCAAUUUCGUUUGCGGAGGAGGUUAAAUAUCUGUUUGUUAUACUCGAUAGGAAAUUAACCUGGAACUCCCAUCUGAAGAAAACCAUCAAUAAUACCAGAUUAUCCCUCUGGAAUCUCAGAAGCAUUUGCGGCAGGUCUCUUAGUUUUUUUUUUUUGUGGAAAAAUCUGAUAGCAAAUUCUUGUUCAGAAUGGUCUAAAACCCAAAUGUACUAAUUUUUGUUUCAAUACGAUACAGGAUGGUCACAACAUAUUUUCAAAAUUCAAUGAAUCAAACCGCCAAAAUUUCAUAUUUUGAGACAAACUUACUACAAGUUUUGGUUAAAGGAUGUUCUAAAACUAUUUUAUAUCAAUUUUUGUUGUUCUCAAGGCCUCAAAAUAUGACAUUUUUGCAGUUUGGUCCAUUAAAUUUUGAAAAUUUGUCGUGAUCACCCUGUAUCGUAUUGAAACAAAAAUUAGUACAUUUGGGUUUAAGACCAUUCUUAACAAGAAUUUGGCAUCAGAUUUUUUCUAAAAAAAUCCCUUAGAGUAUUGGAAUUUGAGCAUAUAAAUGUGGACACCCAGAAGGUAUUUGAUUAAAUUUAAGCCCAUACCUGUGCCCAUACCUUUACUAUUUAAGAUAGAAAAAAAAUUUAAAUACAAAACUUGAGCGUUUUUUUCUAUAUUUUCUUUUAACUUCAUCAGAAGAAACAAAAUCGCAUCGGGAAAUGUAAAAACGAAGCUAACUACAAUUUUUUUAAUGGGACACCCUGUAUAUUAUGCGAUUAAAUGGAAGAUCUUUUCUUUCUGAUUCUAAAUAUAUUGUAUACUAGCUAAUGACCCGCUGCGUUGCCAGCGUGUAAAUACAUUUUGAAAUAAUACACUUCUUUUCAAAUUUUGUUGUUGAUUUUCUAUUUAAUUUUUUUUUUUUUAAUCCGAUAUCAGAGUCGCUUGCCAGUGAGUUCAGUGACGCAUUUUAACGCCCCGGGCUGUUUAUAGGCGUUCCAGUGUAUCAGAGUUUUACGAAACCGAACUUUUUUUUUCGGGAUAAAAAAUAGCCUAUAUCACUCUCCUCUAUAGCCGAUUCGAUUGACCGGAUUAGAUCGAUCUGGUUCAAUUUAAAUGAACCACGAUUCAAGCUGGAUCAGUGCAGGUCCAGCCGUUCUUGAAUUCAAAAAAUAAUAAAGUUACGUCGGUUGAAUGCAAGCCUAAAUAAAUGAAAUAUGUCGAAGUUAUUUCAUGCUGUCAA